AUGCACCAACUGCAGCAACCACGACAUCGACUAAACUACCAUUUUCGAUCCUAUUACUUCCCGUCCGACAACAAACGCAAACACAAAACAAAACCAUCUUCAACAACGGAUCAACACCAAAUCUCGACCAUAGAGACACAACCACCCUCAGGCGCAGUAUCCUACCCGGAUCUACAACUUUUCCACAACUUCGUGAUUAAAACCUUCGGCACCCUGGCGGACAAUCCCAGAACGGAAGAUGUUUGGCAGAAUCACAUCGUCCAAUGGGGCAUUACCUUCCCCACUAUCUUACAUUUAAUACUGGCCAUAUCAGCUCUGCAUCUGGGUCAUGAAAACCCCUCUGUCCGAGACCAGUACAUCCAGCAAGCAGACGAUCAUUUCACCUUUGGUGUCCGCUCGGUCACUUCUAUAUUAACUCAGCUGAACCAAGACAACUGUCAAAAAGUCUACAUCUCAGCGGUGUUGAUCUGUUUCAACUAUUUUGCACGAGGACCUCGUGCCGGCGAAUACCUGAUUUUCAGUGAUGAUGGCCCCGGCGAAUGGCUGACUCUUAUGCAUGGAGUGAAGUUCAUUGUACAGUCUUAUCGGGAGAAGGUGUUCAGUGGGAUCCUGAAACCUGAGCCUGGACUUGAAGACGACACCAUGGAUUCCUUUUUUCAGAGUGAGAUGAACGAGUAUACUAUGCGUAUCGAGACAGUCCAGAGCCUGGCGGAGAAAGAAAUUGCUGAAAGUGAUCGCGAAAUAUAUGACGCAGCGCUUAAAGACUUGUUGUCAGUGGCGAGGGAGGUUUACGUGAAGCGAUCAUCACAGAUUCGAGCUGCAGGCUUGAUGCAGGUGCUUAUUGGAUGGCUGUAUCGACUCCCUGGGGAGAUGGUGAGUCUGUUGGAGCAGAAGGAGCCGGUUGGGCUAAUUAUUCUUGCACACUGGGGGAUGCUACUGAAGUAUAUGAAGUCGGUCUGGUUUAUGGAGGGUUGGGAUGAACAUAUAGUAUUUGGUGUUCGCUCCGCAUUGCCUGCAAAGUUGCAGCACUGGAUUGAGUGGCCAGAGGAGAAGGACUUUGGACCGACGGUUCUGGUACCGCGCGAGGUUCAUGAAGGCCCUGGUGAGGGAUUCGACGCAUAA